AGCCUACAACUGGGGAUCAUUUGCAGAGUGCCUACCUUUUCUCUUGCACUUGGCAGCUCCUUAACCCAGCAGGGAAACAAUAGGCAGCAGCCUGCUUUCUUAGCGCCUGACAGCCGCCCACUCCUACCUGGGAGCUGCCUGCUCCUACACUAAACCUCCCCCUGGAUGAGUUGCUCCUAGGAGCCGUACCUUGCUACUGUGGAUGGCUUUGUCAGUGGACUCAGCUUUGUAUCGUUGUCAGCGGCUGGCUGCCGAAGGUUCCGCCUGGACUCAAUCGGAAUCAACACCUCUGCUGUCUUCUGUCAGAAAGAGGCUGAGAUACAACUUGAACAAAUGGAGGAUUGUGUUUCCCAACAAUAAGAGACUUCAAAAAGAUUGGGAGAAGGUUUCUAGGUUUUAUUCUGGAAAUGGGAUACAGACCACGAAAUACACCUUGCUCUCCUUUUUGCCUCGAAACCUCUUUGAACAGUUUCACAGGUUGGCUAAUCUCUAUUUCUUCUUCCUGGUUGUCCUAAACUGGUUCCCACAAGUGGAAGUUUUCCAUAGGGAGAUCACGAUGCUACCUUUGGGUGUGGUGCUGCUAGUAAUCAUGGUUAAGGAUGGCACUGAAGACUGCAGGAGAUACAGAUUUGAUAAGGCGAUAAACUCCUCUAAAACCAAAGCAUAUGAUGAGAAAGAAAGCGACUAUGUUGAGAAGUGCUGGAAAGAUGUGCGAGUGGGAGACUUUGUGCAGCUGCAAUGUAACGAGAUCAUCCCAGCUGAUAUCCUGUUACUGUACUCCUCCGAUCAGAAUGGGAUCUGUCACUUGGAGACUGCAAACCUCGAUGGGGAGACCAAUCUUAAACAAAGACAAGUUGUGAAAGGGUUCUCUAAUCAGAACACUCCAUUUGAUCCAGAAUUUUUCCAAAAUACCAUAGUCUGUGAAAAGCCAAAUAAUGAUCUCAAUAAAUUCAAAGGUUACAUGGAGCAGCCUGAUCACAAACGGAUUGGUUUUGGAAGUGAAAGCCUUUUGCUUCGUGGCUGUACAAUCAGAAAUACUGAGAUUGCAAUAGGAAUUGUCAUUUAUGCAGGUCAUGAAACCAAGGCCAUGCUGAAUAACAGUGGGCCGCGCUACAAACGCAGCAAGAUAGAACGGCGCAUGAACAUUGAUAUUUUCUUUUGUGUGGGGCUUCUGUUCAUCAUGUGUCUUAUCGGAGCACUAGGUCAUGGCAUUUGGAAUGGGAAUUUUUCAGAACGCCCACCAUACGAAGUCCCAGACGUGAAUGGCAACUACCUUUCCUCAGCUCUUGCUGGUUUCUACAUGUUCUUGACAAUGAUAAUCCUAUUACAGAUUUUAAUCCCCAUUUCUCUCUACGUGUCCAUCGAGUUCGUCAAGCUGGGCCAAGUUUUCUUAAUUCACAGUGACAUUGAUCUGUAUGAUGAAGAUGUAGAUUUGCCCAUACAGUGCCGAGCCCUAAAUAUCACUGAAGAUCUGGGGCAAAUCCAGUACAUUUUCUCGGAUAAAACUGGGACGCUAACAGAGAACAAGAUGGUGUUUCGGCGCUGUACUGUCGAUGGAAAUGAGUUUUCACAUCAGGAAAAUGCCAAACGCCUGGAGACCCAUAAGGAACUGGACUCAGAUGAUGAAGACUGGGCAAGAUAUCAGCAUUUCGCUCUUCCUGUUAUCAAGAUAGAGAAACCAGACACUUUAAAACAGAAAAACACUAAGCCCAUGAGGAGGUGCCAAAGUGCCCGAGCACGUUUUCAGGGACAUGCAAGGAAGAAAUCAUUGGGGCGUUGUGACAGCCUUCAGUCUCAAGUGGCGUUCAGCAGUACCAUAGAAAAGGAUGUGACCCCUGAUAACAAGCUGUUGAUGAAAGUGAGAAAUGCUGCACUCCAGAUAGAGUCUUCGGCAUCAUUUCCAUCUGCAAAGGAUACCUACUCCUCCACGUCUGUUAUGGACUUUUUUCUUGCACUGGCUAUCUGUAAUACUGUUGUGGUCUCCACAGCAACUGAGCCAAGACAAAGGGUUACAGUGCCACCACUGAUGAAACCAUCAGGGAUCUCCCUGGAGAGGAUUCACCAGCUACUUCAACGGCUAAAAUUAGCAAACCUUGGUCAAUCUUUCUCAUUGACUCAGUCCAGUUCAGACCUCGGAGCAAGUGUUAAUGCAAAGAACAGUAAAGAGAAUCCAGCUGCCACAGACUCCUAUAACAAAGAUGACAUUUCCACCCACACUUGCUCCAACUCAGCAGAUGGUGAUGGUAGAGCAGAUGCAAUGCCCAGGAAAGACAGCAUAGAGAUUGGAGGCGCCUCCCUGGAUGAGGUGUUUGGGUCUGUUAGUGAAGGCCAUUUGCAGCCAGAAUUUUGUUACGAGGCUGAGAGCCCAGAUGAGGCAGCCCUUGUCCAUGCCGCCCGGGCUUACAGUUUCACUUUAAUGUCCAGGACCCCUGAGCAGGUAACUGUGAGGUUGCCACAAGGUACCCUCCUGGCCUUUGACAUACUUUGCACCUUGGGUUUUGACUCAGUCAGAAAAAGGAUGUCUGUGGUGGUGAGGCACCCCUUUACCAAUGAGAUAAUUGUCUACACCAAGGGAGCUGACUGUGUCAUAAUGGAUUUACUGGAAGACCCUGCCAAAGCUGACAUUAAUAUGGGGAGGAAGCUGAUAAGAAUACAUUCUAAAACACAGAAACACCUGGACUGGUAUGCACAAUCUGGCCUGCGAACCUUGUGUAUAGCGAAGAAGGUUUUAAGUGAAGAUGACUUUCAGAAAUGGGCCAAUUUUCGUCGUGAGGCAGAGGCAGCGAUUGACAACAGAGAUGAGCUACUAAUGGACACAGCACAGCAUCUGGAGACCAAACUCACCUUGCUAGGAGCAACAGGGAUUGAAGAUCGGCUGCAAGAUGGAGUGCCCGAUACUAUUGCAGCUCUCUGCGAGGCUGGGAUACAAAUCUGGGUGCUGACUGGAGACAAGCAGGAAACAGCAGUUAAUAUUGCAUAUUCUUGUAAACUUCUGGACCAAAAAGAUACUGUGUUUACCAUUAAUACUGAAAAUAAGGAAACCUGUGAAUCCCUCUUGGAUUUAACAUUGGAAGAAGUAAGGAAGAAUUCUAAUGUUGAAAGGACAAAAAGGAAAUUUUUUGGCAUUAGCCUGUCAUCAUCUUUACCAGCCUCUGUGGCCCCCAGUCCUAACAUUGGACUGGUAGUUGAUGGGAAAACAUUGAACAUCAUUUUCCAAGGAAAGCUGGAAGAGAAGUUUCUGGAGCUGACAAAGUACUGUCGCUCCGUUUUGUGCUGCCGUGCCACUCCUUUGCAGAAGAGCAUGGUGGUCAAACUAGUGCGGAGACAACUAAAAGUCAUGACACUGUCAAUAGGUGAUGGUGCAAAUGAUGUGAGUAUGAUUCAAGCAGCUGAUGUUGGGAUUGGAAUUUCUGGCCAAGAAGGCAUGCAGGCUGUGAUGGCCAGUGACUUCGCAAUAUCUCGAUUUAAACAUCUCAAGAAACUGCUUCUGGUCCAUGGACAUUGGUGCUACUCUCGCUUGGCAAAGAUGGUGAUUUACUUCUUCUACAAAAAUGUGAGCUACGUCAGCCUGCUCUUCUGGUACCAGUUCUUCUGUGGCUUCUCAGGGACCACUAUGAUAGAUUACUGGCAAAUGAUCUUCUUCAACCUCUUUUUCACCUCGAUUCCCCCCAUCCUUUUUGGAAUCCUGGAUAAAGAUAUAUCUGCAGAAACACUCCUAAGUUUGCCAGAACUAUACAAGAGCGGGCAAAAUUCAGAGACCUACAAGCUGUCAACUUUUAUUAUUGCCGUGUUGGAUGCCUUCUACCAGAGUCUCAUCUGCUUCUUUGUCCCUUAUUUGACAUACAAGGACUCUGACACUGAUGUUUUCACAUUUGGAACCCCCAUCAAUACCAUCUCUCUCUUCACAAUUCUCUUGCACCAAGCUCUAGAAAUGAAAACUUGGACACACUUCCAUUGGAUCACAAUGAUUCUAAGUGUUGUGCUUUACUUCGUCUUCUCAGCUAUCUACAAUGCUGUCUGCGUUGUUUGUAAUGAACCCACAAGCCCCUACUGGAUUAUGGAGGAUCAGCUGUCAGAUCCUAGCUUUUAUUUAGUGUGCUUCCUUACACCAGUCGUAGCACUUUUACCAAGGUAUUUUAUAUUGGCCAUGCGAGGAACCUUCAGAGUAUCUCCGAUUCUGAAAGCUCAGCAGCUGGAUAAGCUCCCUAAAGAGCAACGAGACCGGGAAAUCCAGAGGUGGAGGUCAAGAAAACAAGGCAUCCCAACCACAUCUAUGGUAUCACCCAGCGAUGAGGUUGACCAAACCAAUAGUAAUUUACGUGUGUCACAGUUUCUGGGCCAAGCAGCAGUUACACCCCAUGGGAAUAACGAUACCCAGGGACUCUCGACUCCUGAAAUGAAUCACCUCAGGGACUGGAUGCUAAAUGGAGAAGGUAAUUCUUCCACCAGGAGGUGCGCAGGGGAAGAAACUACUGCUGCCAGCUUCUUAGCAAGACCCUGUCCUGGGCAAAAUCUACUUGAUCCCACUAGAAUACCAUCUCCUGGGCCGUUCGCUAGCCAGCUGACAAGUGAUAACGCUGAAGAACUUACCCCUGGAAGCCAUCGGAGGUCUGUGAGCUCAGUGACACUGUAAAAGAUUUGCGGUGGCGGGUGUUUGAACUCUGGACAUAUUGUGCUGCUGCUGUGCGGCCCACAUGGAGGGGGAGUACAGAAGUGGGAGAAAACGUUUCUAUUUAUAUUCAACUGUGAAGCUUUCUAGACAGACAGACACACGGAUUUACAAACCUGCUGGAACAGUGCAACAUAAUCAGUAAUACUUACAUAGCCCAUGUUCAUGUAUCUUUCUGGGGAGGUGGGAGUCACUAGCUGGUUGGUUUUGAUUAACUGGGGGAAUAUGACAUGAGCAUCAGUUAGUCACUGUGAAAUGCACAGUUUGGAUGAAAACCAAAGAUGUUGCUCACCAAGGAACAUUUUCCCUUCACAAUAAUAGUAGUCGAUGUGUUGAUUAAAUGGUAACUACAUGCUUAGUUCAGUGAGAGGGAACCGUCCUCUAGGUCUUGCCUUAAAGCAGCAAAUCCCAUUCCAGCUCCUUUCAAGCUCUGCUGCUUUUCCAAGGGGCACCAGCAACUUAAAAAUCACACUUCUGUCUGACAAUGUGUUAUCUCCUACUGUUACAAGUGAUACCUAAGAUGACUGUAACAGAAAGAAAUUAGAAAAAAUGGUAUAUUUUUCAGUCUGUAUGCUUUAUGCAUGUAACAAUACUGUGUAGAUAGUCAGUUUCACUGCUUCCCUUUUAUAGUCCGUUUCACCCUUUUUGUCUGGGUUGAUCUUCUACACAGCAGUAGAGGGCAGUGAAGAAAAGAUUUUAAUAAAUGGAAAAAUGUGCAUAUAAAAUUACAACAAAAAAAAACUGGCAGGAGAACUUCAAGGGAGGUGUAGGAUUGUAGUUUUGAAAACUACCUAAUAUAAACCAAAAUGUGAAAUAGAAAUAUAUUAACCCUUGCCAAAUUUCAAUUCAAGUAAAUAUUCAACCUAACUAGAAUUCUCCUAGCUUUUUCAUUUGGAGAUAGUGUUCCUCCCUUCUUGCCCUAUACUAUUAUGGAGUGUUGCUGUGUUCUGUCAGACACACAUAAUGUUCUACCCCAGAGCUGGACGCAGUCAAUGAUAGAUGUGAACAUCCCUAUAUGUUUAUCGAUAUUCUUGGGAUUGUUUUGAGUUGAAAGUUGCUGAAGAGAUAGAAAAUAUUUUAAUAGUGAACUAUACAAAUCUAUACCAGAUCUGAGAGUCAGGCAAGUAAAUUACUUUGAAUGUGAGAUAUACAAUACGAAAGGGUGCUAAUCACAUUAUCGUUGUAAUAGCAAAUGGUAAGUAAAAUGUGGUGUGUGUCUUCAAGACUUUUAAAAAAUACAUCUCUAGAUCUUUUUCAAUACCUCAAAGUAAUAAGAAAUAAGAAUAAUCAUAAAUGACUCCAACAUUACUAGCUGUUGCAAUGCAGUGAAUGAUGUCUCUAUUGUUUCUCAUAGAAAUACUGACUUAUUAGCACUAUGUCAAGUUGCAAGAUGUCACAGGAAAAUCUUCACAAUGUGGGGCUUAAACUGAACCCAGUCAUGCACUAAAUCUAUCUUGCCUGGCACCUGUGACUCAACCACUGACUCUCUAUUUUAGAAAUAUUUUUAGCCUUUUAUAUAUGUAUUAUUUUAGCUAAUUUAUUAUGACACAUCACAAUGUGUGAUCCCUUUUUAAUAACCCAUUUAGCAAACACUCAUUUGGCUUUCAGUGUAUUCUGAGGACUACUGUAACUAAUAUCUUCAAGUUGUGGUUACUUUAAAACAAGUGAGGCAGGACUGAAUAUCAUGCCUAGCACUUAGAUUUGUACUAAAACUGUAGCUCAUUUAUAACUGUAACCAGUACAGUAUUGUCUGCUCUGAUGGAAGUAGAAGGCCACUUAGAAAGAGAUUUUGUGUGUGUGAUAUAUGAAUGAAGGGAAUUAGAUGUAGUUGAGAUUUUUGUUAAUGGGAUGUGAGAUUGCUCAGUGGCCUGCUCAGUGGCUAGGAAUGAAUUCUUUGGUGACUAUAUUUGAUAUCAACUCUUUUCCACUCCCAGCAGUGGUUUUAUGUGAUCUAGUCCAUUUUCUCUGAAUUCAGGGAAAUGAGGUGCCAUUCACCAGUUUUUUCUCAUGUAUUUUAUGAUGACAACAUGUGGAAUAUUUCCACUGUAAUAAAAUUGAUACAUUUAUGACUCAGAGUGUUAUUCAUGAUGAGCCUUACGUGAUGGGGGGAAAAGUAAUAAUACCAAGCUCUUUUAUUUCGUGAUUUUAAUCAGCAGAUCUCAAUGUGUUUUAGAAAGAAGGUUAAUAUCAUUAUCCCCAUUUUAAAGAUGGGGAGACUGAGGAAA